AUGGACUUCCCAAGCGACCUAGAUUCGGAGUAAGUGCUUUUUUCUUAUCGUUCUCAAGUUUAGACCUUCAAUCGACGAGAAUCAAGGAGAAUAUAGAUUGAAUUUUGGAUAAGGUGUCUAAAAACAUUGUUUUGAUUAAAAUAUAUGGUAUAGGCCAUGGAGAAGGACUUAAGAACGCUUAGUUUGAUAGAAAAUGGGCAGUAGCUUGUUUUUAACCCAUUUAGUUUUUGUUAUUGCUAUUUUUUGAAGUCGGGAUUCUUCGAUUUUCUUCAGCAUCUACGAUAAGAGAAAGAUAGCAAAAUUUAACGAGUUUUUUAUUAUAAACAUAAAAACCCUGGCUGCUUUAAGAAAUUUUCUGUUUGAGUAUGCUAUUUUUGGCUUGCUGUCAGUUUUCUAUUUGAGUUAUUCUAUGAAAUUUACAAUUUUUGCCUAAAAUAAGGUAAUUUUUCUCCUAAAUUUGCGAUUUAUCCCGUUUUUUCCAGAUUAAUGACGGAUGCCGAGCUCGCUGCUCAACUCCAACGUCAGUUCGACGACGAAGAGAUGUUGACCUCGCGUCUCAAUUCCUCCUUCAACUUUCUUUCCACCUCUCUGCACGGGGAUGCGGGAUCGAGUAAGGCCACGGAGCAGGACGAAGAAAUGGCCCGGAAAUUGCAACGAAAGUUCUACAUCGACAUGAAACGUCAGGGCUACAGUGAUAUGGACCUGGCUUCCAUGCUGGACACCAUGGGCGAGGAUACGCAAUUGGAGGCGGCGCUGAGGGAAUCGGUCGGCGCUUCGGCUCCGACUUGCAUCGAAAAAUACUUGGUGACCCUGUACAACAACUCCAAGUACGGCGUGAACGAUUGUGUGGGCAAACCGGGACUCGAGGAGAUUAUGGAAUUUCGCGAGGUGGUGCUGAAUAGUUUGUGCUAUAUGAGCCAACAAAGGAUUAUUGAUCCGACGGACACUGCGGAAUAUGUAAGUAUUUUUGUUGUUAUUGCAUUUGAAAUUUAGAAAAAUGGAUUGCGGAGAAAAGAAUUGAGGUCGAAAAAGUUGGUAAGGGGGGACCAAGGUGUCUAAAAUAAGGUGCCAAGGCUUAUCCUUAGUUUUUGCUAAAAAUCAUGCCGAGACAUUCUGAAUAGUCAAUUUGUCAAUUCUCGAGGAUAGUAGCUCACAAUUUCCCCGCAAAGACGAGAUAUUCAAUGAUCUCUUUUCGAGAGAGUACGGAAAAUGAGGAGAGUCCGUUAGAGAAAAGUUUUUCUUUUUGCUAAUGGCUUGUUGAGUGCCUUUUGGAAAAAAAUUAUUUUUUGGUAUACUGAAUGGUACUUUUUAAUAAAAUUAUUUGCUUUUUUCAGAUCGCAACAAAUUUUAUUUUCACUGCCAAAAAUUGGAAUGACCUCGAAGCCGGCUACUUUAUCCUCAAACCUCUUGUCCCAAACAUAUCACCGUAAGUGCGAAAUUUCGAAUUGAAUUUUAGAGUAAAACCUAGAGCGUUUUUAUAAAAAAAAAUAUCAAAAUUUUACAAAUUUUCAGCUGGGUCCAUCUCCACGUCCUUUCGCCCACGGACUCUUGGAUCGACCGUCUUUAUCAGACCGUUUUCAACGUCAACUCCUUCGAAAAUGAACUCCUCAUGAUCACUUUGAUCCGAUUUAUGAACAUAUCCAAAAGAUUCGUCUUCAUGAAGGACCAGGAAUGCUCCAAAUUCGCUUCCUGGUACCUCUCCAUACCUCCAUUGGAACGAUACAUCCCUGAAAUUACUUCAGCCCUUGCCCAAUUGACCGCGUCAGCCGUAAAUCGACUGUUCCCGUAUUUUGAGCAGCUUUACGAAUACAUACGGCUGAUUGAAUUGUCCACAAAUGAGGGAAAAUUGAUCGAGGAGAAUGUGCAGCACAUUUUGAAAGGUUGGAAAGAAGUUUUGAGUUAAAAUUUUUUAUUGGUUUAGCUUGUACGUCCGUCAUCAAUGAUCAAGGUGCGGGAUGUAUUACAACGCAUCUGGAAAUGCUCUUGAAACGACCGCUGGAUGCGAUUGAGUCGGUAUGUUGGUUUGCUGAUUUUUUUUUUGAAAUUUUAGGCAUACAGGUCGAAGUUUCGGAUUUUGCGAUGUUUUUUGGCAAAAUAUAAGUGUCCGAAUUUUUAGUCGGCGAUGAUGAGACCUUGAUUUGCUCGAGAGUAAAGGUUUAUUGAAAUUUUAUUUAGAUUCUGACCCAAACCGCUGAGUUUGAUUCGGUGAGCCCGUCAGAAUCAUGGAGAACGAUGGCCAAAAAUCCAAUCACUUGGCUCCAUAGGAUCAAUGCCAUAGUGUAUUCACUAGGCCCAUGGACAUUUCAGCGGGCCUACAAUCAUGCGGUAAGUCAAAAAACGAGAGUUUAUUUUGAUCAAAAAUUGAUCUUUUUUGACAUGGAUAAUAUAAAUAUGGUCGAAAAAUUAUAAAAUUGAGAAUUUUAUUGGCCGGAAAUGGCAUAUAUUGCUUGUUUAAUAUAGUUUUUUUGGCUGGGCAUCAAUUUUUGCCAAAAAUUUUAUAUUUUUUGUCAUGGAUAAUAUAAAAGUUUUGAUUUUCUUGCAUUAUUUUAUAAUUUUAGGCGACCCGAGACGAAGACACGACUGUCCCUUGGGCCCCUCUCUUCACUGAAGUCGCUGCCAGAAUCUGCCUCUUGAUUUCCGAGUGUAAUGACAACUCCGAGAUCAUUGAAGAAACCUUGACAUCGCUUUGUUUGAUGGUGUAUAAGGUCGGAAAACCCGGAGAAUCCCUGAUUGCGUCGGCUGUGGAGAAUUUGCAAGAAGGAUAUCAAAGGAAUAACUCGCUAGAAUUCUUGGGAAUCAUCAGAGCGGCGGUUUUUAAAUUGACCGCCCAUAAUGAAGCUGAUGUCCCACUUUCCGGGUUUGUGGAUGUAAGCUGAGUUUUUGGGUGGAAAUGAGGGUGGAGUGGUAUUUAGAGGGUAGAAUUGGCAAUGAGUAAUAACAGAGAUCAGAAAAAUCUGAAUACAGCGAUGUUUUAAGUUAUAGUAGAGGUUAAUACCUCUAAUAUAGGAUUUACAAAGAUCCGUCUUAUGGAUUUCUACCAAGUUUGGUGUCCAUCAUCUAAAUAGACAACGAAUCAAUCCCUGAAAAUUUUAGUUCGCUCCUUGCAAGCGCAGCCGAGAUGUUCAGCGAUUUUUUUGCUAGAGGGUACGUAAAAUGAGGAGAGACGGUCAGAGAAAAGCUUUUUUGGCAAGAACUUUUUUAAUUCUGCUUGAUUUUUUUUUUGUAGAAACGUCUUGGUAAAAGGAGUUCCAUAACGUUUCUGCAAAAAAAAAAUUUCAAGCAGAAUUGGAAAAGUUCUCGCCAAAAAAAUUUUUUCUCUGACCGUCUCUCCUCAUUUUAUGUACUCUCUAGCAAAAAAAUCGAUGAAUAUCUCGGCUGCGCCUGCAAAGAACGAACUAAGAUUUUCAGGGAUCGAUUCGUUGUCUGUUUAGAUGAUGGAAACCAGGCUUGACAGAAGUCCAUAAGACGGAUCGUUAUAUUGUAAUAGGUAACGAGCCAAUACCUGAAAUUUUUGUUGCAUUAGAGGAAAAUUGGAAGUGAAAAUUUUUUCAGGAGUUUUUUUAUUUUUUUACGAGCUUUUUACACUUUCAGCGGGUCCUAGGCCACGUGUAUGCCUCAACCCCAUCGCCAUUCCAAACCCCAUCGUCCCUGCCCUACUUCAAAUACACCUUCUCGAUGGUCGACAAGUACUGUUCGUAUCGGAUUGCGAGCCUGGUGGCGAUGAAUUCCUUCGACUCCACCUGCGAAUUGGCCCUCGAAUGCCUGGACAACCCGGAAGCGGGCCUCUUCAGCGACGCGCACGUCUUUUUCAUGGCCGUCUUGGCCUACCUCAGCCCUCAUUUGUACUUGAGAGAACAGAAGACCAUCUCGAAAAUCAUAGAGAUGCUGGAUAAGUACGGACAGAGACUGGGAAUGAUUUGUUGCAAGAAUGCGUUGACGGAGAGCUCGCUGGAAACCACGACCAGUGCCACAGCGAUGCUGGAGAGCAUGAAAAGGUUCAAUGAGCAGGUGAGGAGGUUUUUUGAAAUUUUUUUUCAAUAAGUGGAUGAAACUUGCUUCGAAUUUGGGAUAGAAUUUCUCAAGGUAUACUGUGUUUACAAAGUUUUGUAAAAAAAACGACGUUUUAUACGAUAAAACCUGUCCGGGAAUUCUCGACAUGGUUCAUCGUAUAAAAUGUCGCUUUUUUAAGAACAAAGAGGGCUUUUAUCCGUAACAAGGUCUGAUCAGGUCGUAAUCAAAAAACGACAUUUUAUACGCUGAAACUUGUCCGAUACUUCUCGGACAAGUUUCAUCGUAUAAGAUGUCUCUUUUUUAAAAUGAAAGACACUAGUCCGCAUCAAAAUCUGUUCACACUGUGAGCAUAAGUUUUAGUUAAAAAGGCGACGUUUUAUACGAUGAAAAUUGUCCGGCAUUUCCCAGAUAUGUUUCGUCGUAUAAAAUGUCUCUUUUUUAUGAAGAAAGGGUUUUUUGUGGUAUAUAAGAUAUUUUGGGUAGGAUAGCCAAGUUUGCGAAAUUUUCCGUAUUUUUUUUUUCGAUGUUUUAAAAAUUUUCGUGGAUUCGAUAGACUUUUUUAGCGUAAAAAAUAAGCUCCGAUUUUUUCCAGCGAGUAGCCCAAUGGGUGUCGGAAUAUUUGGCCGAGAAUCAUCAUCAUGUUACUCCGGAACAACGCACCCGCUUCGUCGAAGAAUUCGUCAAUUGCAGCAACCACGAAGGACUCUUUGAACUGGCCACAAACUUCGCAAAAAACUUUGGGCUUUAA